GGAUGUUGAGGGGCUCCAAGGAAAAAUGGAGAAAAUAGAAGCAACCUCAGAAGCUACAGGAAUAGUAUUGCUCAUCAAAGCAAUGUUUUGUAAUUUGUUAUGGCUUGGUCAUAGUAGCUACUUAGCAUUGUUCACAUUACUUGAGAUUACUAAAUGUAGGAGUUUCAGAAUAUAUCACAAGUGGAACUUCUUGUAGUGUUAAUUCCUGUGAAAUAAAUUAUCUGAUCAGAUGCUACAAAAGGCUUAUAAAGCAACGUUUUCUAAAGUAAAGUAAUGCUAGUUAGCAGAUCUACAGUAGGUCAGAAUUUCAGUCUUGUCCUUGCUUAUUGAUAGAAACCAUUAUGCGCUUUUGGGUGAAGAGAAUUGAAUUUGAUGCUCUUUGAUAAUGCCUCAGGAAUUGUGUGAAACAGUCCUGCAGAAAUCAGAGGCUGAAGUGCCUCUGAAGUGCAUGAUCAGAUGCCGACAUCACUAAACUGAAUGACAAAGUGCAAAUUUGGAUUUUGCUCUCUGAGCAUCUGUGCAGGUAAUGGCAGUCAAAUGAAAAUAAACAGUAUCAAAUUAAUCUACAGAUUCUCUGUUUUUAUGAUCAACGUGACCCAAAGUGAUCUUUGUCUGUCUGCUGGCUCCACAUUGUUUUUAAAGAAUUGGCAGUAAAGGAAACACGUCCUGCUUUUUCUGUUAAGUAAAUGCAUUUGCUUCUGAGUCAUGCAAGCAUGAAUUCCUGUGAUACCUUCACAUUCUUGUCAGACAUGGGUGAAAGCACUGAAUUUGGAGUUCAGGAAGAGCCAAGGCUGGAUGUUCUGAUAAAUAAUGCAGGGAUAUUCCAGUGUCCAUACAUGAAGACAGAGGAUGGCUUUGAGAUGCAAUUUGGUGUAAACCACUUGGGUCACUUCUUGCUCACCAACCUUCUUCUGGGCCUCCUCAAAAAUUCUGCUCCGAGCAGGAUUGUGGUAGUAUCCUCAAAGCUUUACAAGUACGGAGAAAUCAACUUUGAAGACUUGAACAGUGAAAUAAGUUACAAUAAAAGCUUUUGUUACAGCCGGAGUAAACUGGCUAACAUACUAUUUGCAAGGGAGCUAGCCCGUCGUUUGGAAGGGACAGGAGUCACUGUCAAUUCACUUCAUCCGGGUAUUGUCAGAACAAAUUUAGGGAGACAUGUGAAUAUUCCGUUACUGGCAAAACCCCUAUUCAAUUUGGUGUCAUGGGCUUUCUUCAAAACACCUCUGGAAGGAGCCCAGACUUCUAUUUAUUUGGCCUCUUCUCCUGAUGUUGAAGGUGUGUCUGGGAAAUAUUUUGGGGACUGCAAAGAGGAGGAACUUCUGCCCAAAGCCAUGGAUGACCUGGUUGCAAGAAAAUUGUGGGAUAUAAGUGAAGUGAUGGUUGGAUUAUUGAAAUAAGUGCCAGGGAUUAUCUGAUAAGAAAAAUGCAGAUAACUAUGCAAUACAUAUUUGGAACUGUAAUUCUCACCUUAAAUGCUGUGAGAACACAGGUCUAUGCUUAUAAACGUUUGAUAGAGGAGUGAUUUAUGCUGGAAUUCUGUUUUAAAAUAAAGAUGAUCUUUAUUUAAUAAGCACAAGCAUUCAAGAAGAACCUGAAAUUGAGAAUGUAACUUCUGACUAAAUCUGUUCUGAAAGUCAUGUUCUAAAAUAAAAAUUAAACAAAACUGUGUUUUGCGGUAAAUGUUGCCUAUUUGUCAUGUUCUGCUACUUUUAGGCAUGCUGGACAGUAUAGGGUGUUGAUGGUGAAAUGCUCUUCCUGUGAAAUUGUUUGAAAAAUAGAACCUAAUACUAAGAUCUGUCUUUUUGAGCCAUCAUGGUGAAAUCUGGAGCACAGCUUUAUUGGUAUCCUGUACUGUAAUCAUUAGGCCUCAUGAGUGCCAUUCGAAGACUUGUCCACUGAAUGCUUCCAUGAACAAAACUGUUGAGCUGAAUACAGUUUAGCGAUGAAAUGUGAAGUUACUUUUUGAGUUUAAUGUAACUGCUGUUCAAUGAAUACAUACAGUUCAUUGUG